AUGCCGGUAGAUAAUGAUGGUGAGCUGUUCCAGUUUCAAUCACCUCACUCUACCCCGCUGUCUCCAGCACUUUCAGCGUCUGAUUCGCUCAUGAAUAUUACUCCAUGUACGUCACCAUCGCCAGAAGAUGAGUUUGUGAUUUACUCUGAUUCAGAUGCUGCUUCACAAAAUUCUCUUUCUUUGAGGGCAGUUAACUCUUCCGUGUCCGACACAGGUUCAGCAACCAAACCAAAGAUUAAAACAACGCCAUCCAGAAGCCGAUCUCCAAGAAGAGAUUCUUCUGAAUCCACACCAAGUCCUAAUCCAAAAAGACGUAUACGACGGAAAUCCAACAAAUCAGAUGUCAGUGAGAAGUCACAUCGGUCUUCCUUAAGAAGUCCAGACUUUCAUAUUGGUGCAGGCUAUACUCUGAUGCCUGCUACCGGGAAAAUAUUCCGUAAUUUACUUAUCUUAGAGGAAAGCUUGCGAGAACAAGUUAUACAACAAAGAGCAUUAAGAAGGAAAUAUUUAACGUUUCUAGCAAUUCUUUGUUCGCUUAUUGCAUCUAUUUCCCAUCAUCUUUACUUUAUUGAUCCUAAUUUAUCUGCUAGUGGCGCUAUGCGAGUUAUUUUCCAAUUCACAUUAUUUGCCUUACUUGUAACUUUAAUGCUUUAUCAUCUUUCUGGUGAAUAUCAAAAGACUAUUGUGGUACCGAGAAAGUUUUUGUAUUCUACUAAUAAGGGCUUAAGACAACUUAAUGUCAGAUUGGUUAAGAUUAAAACUCUGUUGACUGAUGAUGCUACUGAUAUAAUUCGAGAAUUUCUGCUUUUCAUCGCAACAAUGUGCCUUAAUUGUCUUCAUAAAGUAUACCCGUCUAUGAUUGAAAAUAAGAAUUCAAAAUUAGAAGUGUUUUUAGUAUCUUGCCAACUGCAAUGUCAACCAAGAAUUGGAGUUACCGAUGUAAAAUUGGUUCUUAAUGCCAGAGUAUUCAGUACUGAUGUGAGAGAAGGAUGGGAAUUGUACAGAAGUGAUUUCUGGAUUCAAGAAGGAGUUAGACGCCGUCAAGGAAUGAUGUCAUUCACGACUGGUAGUAAAGAAAUUCCACUUGAUCGAGAAAAAUUAUUAAAGAAGGAUAGAAAGGAACGUAGAGAUAAGAGAAAGAAAUCUGUUAGUCAAGUCACUCCUACAAAAUUAAGUGAACUGAAUUUACAAAAACUUAAUAGUAGUGAAAGUGAUAGCAUAUCUCCACAACUUUCAGGAAUUGGAGAAUCUGCAUUUGGUGAGAAUUGA